AUCUCCGUGUGAAAGAAGAAGUGAAUCCGAGUUGUUAAGAAUCUUUUUGUUUUUUCUCCUCUAUGUUCCUUCCCUUUGGUUUAAAUGAUAUCUGCAGUAACUAGCAAGUUGAAGAGCAUCUUAGGAGCCAAUUCUUAUGCGACUGAGAGUCGUAAAAGAACUUUGGAGAGCAGUAAUGAAGACCAAGAAUCCGGAGCCAGCAUGGAUGAGCCAGUUCGGAAGAAGAGCCGUUCCUAUGAACAGGUUGAACAUUCUGUGAAGCGAUCAGACACCUGGUAUAUAGGGAAUUUGCCGAGGAUUGUGUCAGUAAAAGCAGCAAGAGUCUAUACCUGGAUCACAUCGUUUGCAACAAUUCCAGCCCCUCCAGUGGAUGAUAGCAUUGAUAAAAUGUUACCUGUGGUUAGGUAUAAGCUGAAGGAGGAUCGCAGGAUGAGCGGCGAGGACCUACGUUCAACAAGAGACACAGGGAGAAAGGAGCGAAACCCUGUCGCUUCUGGUAUUUUUGCCGAGCCUAGUUCUCCACGGGAUGAGGAGGAGAUCCAGUACCUGGGGAUGACGUCUCGCCUUGCCAACACCAGUGCACCCACCAAAAGGCCUGCGCUGGUACGCCGGGGAAUAGACAUAGAGUCAUCAGGCGCACCACCCACAUCCUCAGGCAUUGAUGCCAACUUCCGCUUUAGCCCAAGCAUCACUUCCACCGUGUCAAAGCAGUCAUCUUCACUGUCGGGCCGUAACAUUCGGGAACCAACAGAUUGGUUCACCAAAAACAGCAGGCUUACCUCUAUUGACCGGAAGUCGAUAUCUAUAGCUAAGAACCCAGUAAAGAACCUGCAAGAGCGAUGCUUUGGGACGAAAAAGAAGAAAGCGUCAUUGAAUUCAUCCUUUUUCUCACGCACAAAGACUGGCAUUCCUGACAGUUAUCGUUAUGAAGACAAGAUGAGGUACCAGCAAUUACUGCAGCAGUUCACAGACAGCCCCAUCUUACCAGAAUCUUACUCUGUGUACAAGGGUUCCUCUAGUGUUUCUGUUGCAUCUGAUAGUCGAUGUGGCAGCCCCCAAGGGUUCAUCACUCGUUCCCGCUUAAAUUCAAAUUGGACAAAUGAGAAGCGGCAGCAGCUUGAGGAGUCUAGUUCCAAUUUUUCUGCCCUGUAUUCAACCCGCAAGUCAAGGACAGUAGAAAAGAGUGAAGACAAGUCACCCAUCAUCACCUUCAUUGACCUGGCCAAGCACGAGAAUGAAAAUAGUAAUCAGAGUACAAGAGAGUCAGAGAGUGACAGCGUGGUCAUCACAGGGGAGGUGAAGAAGCCAACAGCCAAGAGCAAUGCCCUUGAAGAGCAUUUGCAAGCAUCACCAGUGUACAGCUUAGACUGGCUGAAGUCAUUCCGGGAAAAAUAUGAGAUCAAAGGUAAGACACGAGAAGCAGAGGCAGAACAAGCAGUAAAGACAAAAGAAAUGUUUGAAGAAAAGAGAAAAGCUUUCCAAGCCUCCUUGGAUGAGCGUAUUGCCCGGAGGAUGAGAGAUCUGGAUCUUACCUUCCCAUCAAAGGUUGAAGAACUACAACCUGAGGAGGAAGAAGAGGAAGAGGAAGAACUUGUUCCUCUGACUCCAGAAAUGGAGGAAGUUAUAGAUGAUGCACUAAGAGGAAGACCACCUGGAGAAGUGCUUGUUGAGAAGUUCAGCAUCCAGAUCACCCGAAAAGAUAUUGCUACUCUCUGUGGCCUCAACUGGUUGAAUGAUGAGGUCAUCAACUUCUACAUGAACCUGUUGAUGGAACGAGGGAAAAAUGAUAAUUACCCCUCUGUAUAUGCCUUCAAUACAUUUUUUUACCCAAAAUUGGUGAAGACAGGCUAUUCAACUGUCAGAAGAUGGACCAAAAAGGUGAAUGCUAGUAGUUUAAUUAUCAGUUGUAUUUCUCCUAUCUUUCAGGCACUCAAAAAGUACCUGGAAUCAGAGCACGAGGACAAAAAGAAGGCAAAGUAUGACACUGGCGACUGGACACUGGAGAACAUGAAGGACAUACCCCAGCAGAUGAACGGCUCAGACUGCGGGAUGUUUGCAUGCAAGUUUGCCGAGUAUUUGUCACGAGAUGUAGCCAUCACAUUCGACCAGCAGCACAUGCCCUACUUUAGGCGCAGAAUGAUCUACGAAAUUGUCAGGGCUACUCUUCUGUAAAGAGAAAGGAUGUGUCUCUCUCUCUCUGAAUUCUUUCCUUCCAUCAUUCUUUUUUCUUCUUCUACUUCUUCUUUUAUUAUUUUAAAUAUUGAUCUCUUGCCCAUUUUUUUUCUUUUCAUUUCUCAGUUUUUC